ACGACUCACCUUUGCCACACUGCUGGAAAUACCGUAUGCGAAAACCUAUAAAAAAGUGCUUUUGGAUUCAAAAAAACUAUGUCGGCAAAAAAUGCCGCCUGCUCUAUGAGGAAAUGCCCACUGUGGCCAGAAUAUCAAAAUCUACUCUAUUUUACCUGCUCUAUAUGUUUUUUACUUGAGAAUAGUAAGAAACACUGUUGCACUUCGGAAGAAUUCUAGAAAAACUUUUCAAAAAUUAAAGUAUUUUCUGUUAGUUUUUAUAGCUUUUAUUGAGCUGCAUUAUAUAGAGCAGGUAAAAUAGAGUAGAUUUUGAUAUUCUGGCGUAAUUUGAAUGAAUCCAUGAUAUAUAUAUCUAGGUUAUGAUUUUUUUACUUUUACUCAAAAAUAGGCAAACAUGGGUUAUUUUACCUAAUAUAGGUUUUCACCAGUUUUUUUAAGCGUUUUGAAAAAUAAUAUUGCCACGAGAUUCAGCAUGGCCGAUUGCCUAUGUUCCCAUUUAUUUUCAGCAUUGCCACACCUAAAGAAAUAUUGAUUCUGAGAGCCGCAGAAAAUCCGAUGCGAGGAAACCGCAGGUCACUAUCUAUCUUGUGUGAAAAAUUAUUCAAAAAGUAACCGAUAAUAGGUGAUUUUCUUGGAAAAGUUCUUGAGAACUGAAAAAACUGAAAGCAGUAUUGGCAGGCAACAUAAGUCAACUCCCUUCAAAUGAGACGUCUUUCAGACAUUUUGAACGAUUCCUUUACGAGAUAUGAUGGUCACAACAUAGACGCUUUUUAAGUACUUUUCUUCUUUCUUCAAAAAUGCAAAAUUCUCAUCUGCAAUAUACUCUUUCAAUAUAUUUUAUCAAAAUUAUAUCUUCUAAAGGAAACCUAUUACUUCUGAACGACAGAACAGAAGAUCUUUUCCUUUUAAUCAUAAACUAGUCUCUAUUUGUCCUAUAAAUUUGAGCUCGAUCUUUACUGCAAUGAUCACUAACUGCCUGAUUUUGUUAGAUAAUAUCUCUUUACGAGUAUUCUGGAUGCCCUUGUGGACUCCUGCAAAUCUAAACUUUUCAUCUAGAGCACUUUAUCAGGACUAUUAAUCGUAAUAUUAAGUGGCAUAUGUGUGUAUAAUUCUAUUUUCGUUCAUUCAUUAGAUAUUAAAAUCACUGAUACUGAUAUUGUUUACACUGAACAACAUGAAUUGGUUAUAUUUCAACGUGGGCAGUUUUGGUUAGACCGACAUAUCUACUUUGCUUAUCGCUAUGAUUAUGAUUUUGAACAAUUAUUUAUCUAUACAGUACCCUAUGAGAGCAAUGAGUUGCAUUUAUCAUUAAACAGAAACAAAUUAAAUCAUCCAAUAACUAUUUUUCCGUCGAAACAAACGUAUGACUUGGUCGAUAUACUUGUAUUACACGUCCAUGCUCCUUUAUCACAAAUUCAACAGCCGGUUCCAUUCUGGACAUAUAAAAAUACAACUGAGUUAUGUAUAUACAUUAGGUCAGCAUUUGAAUUAAAUCGAUCAGCGUUAGAUUAUUUACGACACAUAUUUACUAACAGUAAUAAAAUUCAUUUUUUAAGAAUUCGUUUUUUCACUCUAAGCAGAAUACAACCAGAGUUAAUUGAUCCGCAAUUAUUGUCUAUACUGUUGACAGAGGGUAAAAAUAUACAUACGUUAUCUAUACCAUUCUCUUUAUUAUAUACACAAGUGACAACAUCAACAAUUGAUAAUGAUAAAUACAUAGCGGAAAAUCUAGUUGAAUUAUUUCGUAAUCUCAAUCGUAUGAUUCGACAUUUAGAUUUCUUUAGUAGUUCUAUGACGACAAGUUUAUUAUCAGAGGAAUUCUGUCAGAUAUUUUCCAAAUGUCAAACAUUAAAAAGUAUAAAAGUUCGAACAUUGAAUGACUGUUUUCGACUUCUUGAAUUAUUCAUUAAGAACAUGAAAUAUUUACAACAAUUAGAUAUGUUUCUGCUACCGUCUUCGACAACAGAAGAAGAAGAAAUAUUUACUUCAGAUAUAGUAAAACAAUUAGAAACAAACAUCAUUUCAAAAUAUCGACAGAAUUAUUAUAUUAUAUUUAAACCAAUACUGCUGUCUAUCGAUUUGCUGUAA